CCACUCGCUGCACAUUCGGCGCUCCAGUCGGUGGUGGCUAUCCUGUCAGCUGGCUGGCUGGGGGAGCUGCGGGCGGGCGUCGGAGCAGUAGCAGCCUCAGCCACAGCCACAGCCACAGCAGCAGCCGCAGCAGGAGCAGCAGCAGCCACAGCCGUAGUCUCAGUUGCAGCAGCAGCCAGCGUGCAUCUCCCGGCUUGAGCCCAGCGCUGCCCAGCAGCGUUGUCCUCCGGGCGGUGAGAGCGGGCCGCUGCCCCUCUUCUCUGCCCGGCUAGCGGCCAGCUGGUGCGCCCUGCCUGCCUGUUUGCCUCGUGCCCUCCCGCGGCUGUUCCGGGCUCGCUCUCCGUUCCCCAGUUCGUGUCUGUCCGUUUUUGCUGGGCUUAGCGCGCCCACUCCUCCGGCCAGAUGAUGAACUUCUUGCGGCGCCGCCUCUCCGACAGCAGCUUCAUCGCCAACCUGCCCAAUGGCUACAUGACCGACCUCCAGCGGCCUGAGCCACAGCAGCCGCCCCCUCCUCCCGGCUCGGCCUCUGGCCCCGCCGGGCCGCCGGCUGCCGGCUCCCCGGCCCCCGAACGAAGGCCUCCUCCGCCCCAGGGACAGGGACAACCCCAGCAGUCCGCGCCGCAGCCGGCCCCGCCGCAGGCUCAGCCAGCAGCCCCGGUGCAGUCCAUGAGCAGCAGCUUCUUCAGCUCCCUGUCCAACGCCGUGAAGCAGACCGCCGCCUCGGCCGGGCUGGUGGACGCCCCCUCCACCACUCCUGCCGCCUCCAGAAAGUCCAAGUUGCUCCUGGUCAUUGAUGAACCGCACACUGACUGGGCCAAGUGUUUUCGGGGCAAAAAGGUCUGUGGAGAUUACGACAUCAAAGUGGAACAGGCAGAAUUUUCAGAGCUCAACCUGGUGGCUCAUGCUGAUGGAACCUAUGCUGUGGACAUGCAGGUCUUCCGAAAUGGCACAAAGGUUGUCAGAUCCUUCCGGCCCGACUUUGUGCUCGUCCGACAGCACUCCUUCGGCAUGGCGGACAACGAAGACUACCGGAGCCUGAUUAUCGGCAUGCACUACGCCGGCAUCCCCAGCGUCAACUCCUUUGAUUCCAUCUACAACUUCUGCGAUAAGCCCUGGGUGUUUGCCCAACUGGUGGCCAUCUACAAGAAUCUAGGAGGAGAGAAAUUUCCUCUCAUUGAACAGACAUUCUACCCCAACCACAAAGAGAUGCUGACGCUCCCGACAUUCCCCGUGGUGGUGAAAAUCGGCCAUGCUCACUCAGGCAUGGGGAAGGUAAAGGUGGAGAAUCACUAUGACUUCCAGGACAUCGCCAGUGUGGUGGCCCUCACCCAGACCUAUGCCACGGCUGAGCCAUUCAUUGACGCCAAGUAUGACAUCCGGAUCCAGAAGAUUGGCAACAACUACAAAGCUUACAUGAGGACAUCCAUCUCAGGAAACUGGAAGACAAACACUGGAUCUGCAAUGCUAGAGCAGAUUGCUAUGUCGGACAGGUAUAAGUUGUGGGUGGACUCCUGCUCCGAGAUAUUUGGAGGUCUGGAUAUCUGUGCUGUCAAGGCUGUGCAUGGCAAGGAUGGGAAAGACUACAUUUUUGAGGUCAUGGAUUGUGCAAUGCCUCUAAUUGGAGAACACCAGGUGGAGGACAGACAGCUAAUCACUGAGCUGGUCAUCAACAAAAUGAACCAGCAGCUCUCUCGGACCCCUGCCCUGUCUCCCCAGAGACCCUCAACCACCCAGCAGCCACAGAGUGGGACCUUGAAGGAUCCGGAUUUGAGCAAGACACCCCCCCAACGCCCCACCCCUCAAGGGGGUCCUGGGCAACCCCAAGGAAUGCAGUCCCCAAGCAAGGUGCUGCCUUCACGACGAUUUUCCCCGGGACCACCACCACCACCACCACACUCCUCCUCCUCCUCUUCCUCCUCCUCCUCCUCUUCCUCCUCCUCUUCCUCGGCUCCUCAUCCCGGCGGCCCAGCCGCACAGGCCAGUCCGACUUCCAGCCCACUGACCGAACCCCAGCCGCCCCAGCCGGAGCCGCGGAAAUCCCAGCCUCAUCCACAGCUAAACAAGUCCCAGUCCUUGACAAAUGCCUUCAGCUUCACUGAGUCCUCCUUCUUCCGGUCAUCAACGAAUGAGGACGAAGCCAAAGCCGAGACCAUCCGCAACUUGAGGAAAUCCUUUGCCAGCCUCUUUUCAGAUUAAGCCCUUGGAGUCCCAGAUCCCUCCCAACCAGUGUGUCUAGCACCUCUGACAGCUCCCAGCCCCGCCUAGUGAUACUACCCCGCCACCAUCAUUCUGUGCCCUCCCCCCUUCUCCGCUCCAUCCCCCGUAUCAAGCAAUCCAUGUAGCUUCUGAAGGACCCCGAGGAGGCAGGCGCAGGUCAGCAGGGAGGAGAGCACAGACUUCCCCGUUACCCUAAAACCUCUGUCUCGAGGUCCCGGUUAGCUGUGAUCUGGGUGGCCUUACUGUGAUGCUCACUCGUCGUCUGAUCCUGUCCCCUGCGACACCAGGAGAGCUUUCCUGGAGGACUCUGGGAGGCUGUAGCUAGUUCAGAUGCAGUAUAGUUGCAUGCUUCUAUUAAAGUGUUUAUUUUCAUUUUGUUUUCUUUAUAUUUGAUUUUAGUCAGUGCUUUCUAUGUGGAGAAUAAACAGAAAUCCUCUACCCUCAGAUUCUUAGGAACCCAUUUAGGCGAUUUUCUUGUCCGCUUCAUUGUGAAAAACAAAAGAAACCGGUUUCCUUGUGCCCCCUCCCCCCUCCCCCAGUGUCUAUCACCAGCUACAGUGUCCUGCUGCGUUUCUGAAGCCUUGUCGCUCCUCCUGACACGAGAACCCAUGGCUCUUGUUUUUGCCGUCCCGGCCCAUGGGCUGGGAGGACCGAGCUUUGAAGCUACACUGUGAAGAAAAGUGCAUGGCAGUGUGAUAGCACCAAGGCUAGUUCUGUGUUCACCUCCAAAAUAAAUGCUGAGCCAUGUGGUUAACUACCGAAAAA